AUGGACACCGACGCCACGCUCACUGCCGUAACGAGUGAGGGUGAGGGCGGCCAUGACGAGAAGCCGCAGCGGAAGAUACUGCAGUGCGAUAGUGAUCCUGGGGUGAUUCUGAAAGCACCCAGCGAGAGGGAGACCAAUCCAAGCAAGACUUCAUCGUGGCGCAAGAGUGAUAACGGUGAUUGCACGAUCCCGCCUGCUACCCCUCGCGACACCCGUUCCUCGACACCCGCUCCUCGACACCCACCCGCGACACCCGCUCUUCGACACCCGCUCCUCGACACCCACCCCGCGACACCCGCUCCUCGACACCCGCUCCUCGACACCCGCCCCGUGACACCCACCCCGCCACACCCGCUCCUCGACACCCGCUCCUCGACACCCGCUCCUCGACACCCGCUCUUCGACACCCGCUCCUCAACACCCGCUCCUCGACACCCGCUCCUCGACACCCGCUCCUCGACACCCGCUCCUCGACACCCGCCCCGUGACACCCGCUCCUCGACACCCGCUCCUCGACACCCGCUCCUCGACACCCGCUCCUCGACACCCGCUCUUCGACACCCGCUCUUCGACACCCGCUCCUCGACACCCACCCUGCGACACCCGCUCCUCGACACCCACCCCACGACACCCACUCCUCGACACCCGCUCCUCGACACCCACCCCGCGACACCCGCUCCUCGGCACCCGCUCCUCGACACCCACCCUGCGACACCCGCUCCUCGACACCCACCGCGCGAUACCCGCUCCUCGACACCCGCUCCUCGACACCCACCGCGCGAUACCCGCUCUUCGACACCCACCCCGCGACACCCGCUCCUCGACACCCGCUCCUCGACACCCGCUCUGUUACACCUGCUCCAUGGCACUUCCCCUUAA